UGCACUGUGGCUCAAGGUCUAGCUCGUAGCUUCGAAGGAACUGGGGUUUCAGAGUUGCGGCCUGUUUCAAGUUUCCCAUGCCGCUCACAGCCACCAUCUCUGUGGCUGGUCCAACUGGCAGUUGCGUCAUCCGCUUCAGAGAGGAAGACCUUGAGAUCCAGAGCGAAGUUCUGCAGCGUCUGGCGGAGGCCGUGGGCAAUACCGCAGAGAUGCUCGACGAGCCAGAGCAGGCUCAGCGAGCAUUGGAGGGCUUGGAGUUCCUCCGAACGGAGCAACGAAAAGUUGAGAAGGAGAAGGCGGACGAGAAAGCCGUGAACCGAGUCAUUCAAAAGCAGAGCGAGGCAUGGGGAGCAAAACCUGAGAAGCCGACCAAAGCUCUACCCAAAGCACCGCGCGGCUUAUCGGCACGCUCUGAGCCCAAAGCCGCCUCAAAGGCUUUCCGGCCCUUUGCCUCCAGAAAAGCGACAGAAUAAAUUCUCAGUUGCUGACUCACUUAGUAUGAUGGACACAAGACACACCUUGCAGUGCAGUAGCUUGACUCCCAACAAAGUUGAGAAGUGCGCGAAGCUCUCGUUGGCAUACUCCCUGGCUCAUUAGGGACUGAAGCAAGGGACUGCGUCAACCUGUAUAACAAAUUGCUUCCACACAAUGUCAACGAUGGGUCCUUGGUGCUGCUCACUUGAUGCAUUUUUCAACAAUAAAUUGUCCUGAACGCUGGCAGAUGUUCGGGUGAUGUGCCAGGUUCGGGAGAGUGGCUUUGUGCACAUGGUGCAUCAGAGCAAACUCGUUUGCUAUUGUCCAAGACAGCUUUCCUGUUGGAUAUUGCUGUGCAAGCCGUCUUUCAGCGCCAAACAGACGUUAGAAAGAUGGCACCAUUCAUUCUGAGUCUGCCUUUCGAGAAUGGAUCUGGGUGUGUUUUUCUUGGAACCCCUUUUGUGGUUUGAAAGGGAGAAGAGGAAGCCAGCAGCUUUUGGCGUCCUAUUUUCAGACACACCCGCUCGCAGGCCCAUGACUCGAUCG